AUGCACUCCUCUCAGUGGAUCAUAGCCGGGGUGUUCCUGCUUCAAGGCUGCACCAUGGGACAGCCGCAGCAGGCCACCUCUCCCAGGACCGAAAUCAGGAACUGCUCCAUGAACCCACCGUACCUGCCCCCCACAGCCAUCGAGACGACAGCACGACUCACGGCUCUGCGGGGUGCCUUGAGGGCCAACGGCAUCAAUGCCUACAUCGUGCCUGCCACAGAUCCCCACAUGAGCGAGUACAUAGCGGAGCGAGAUUCUCGCCUGGGCUGGGUGACCGGCUUCACUGGCUCUGCAGGCACAGGUGUGGUGACGCUGGACAGGGCUUCCCUGUGGACUGACAGCCGCUACUGGACCCAGGCAGAGCGCCAGAUGGACUGCAACUGGGAGCUGCAGAGGACAAUAUGGAUUAAGUCCAUUGGGCUGUGGAUCCUUGAGGCAGUUCCUCCCGGAGGGAAUGUCGGCUUGGACCCCUUCCUCGUUUCCAUUGACACCUGGAACAGCUACAGAGAGGCUCUCCAUGGCUCCGGCAGGACCCUGCUUCCCAUCGAGACCAACCUCGUGGACCAAGUGUGGGGUGACCAGAGACCCCCUCCAGCCUCCAGCAAGAUUUACAGCCUCCCAUCAGAGUUCACAGGGAAUAGCUGGCAGGAGAAGGUGGCUGGGAUCCGGCAGCAGAUGGAACAGCACAUCCAGAGCCCCACAGCUGUGCUGCUGUCGGGGCUGGAGGAGACUGCCUGGCUCUUUAACCUCCGUGGAGAUGACAUUCCAUACAACCCUGUCUUCUACUCCUACACACUGCUGACUAGCACAGAUAUAAGACUGUUUGUGAACGAGACACGCCUGACAGCGGAGGCACGGCAGUCCCUGCAGACAGGCUGCCCUGGGCCCCUGUGUGUGGAGCUGCAGGAGUAUGGCCAGGUGCGUGCCCACAUCCGCGACUAUGCCCAGGGCAAUGUCACCAUCUGGCUCGGCACCGAGUACACCACCUAUGGCCUCUAUAGCGUCAUCCCUCAGGAGAAGCUUCUGGAGGACAGCUAUUCCCCAGUGAUGAUUGCCAAGGCUGUGAAAAAUGCCAAGGAGCAGGAGUUACUGCGGGCUGCACAUGUGCGGGAUGCCGUGGCUGUCAUCCAGUACCUGCUGUGGCUGGAGAAGAUGGUCCCCCAAGGGCUGGUGGAUGAGUUCUCAGGGGCACGCCAUGUGGACGCACUCCGCUGGGCCCAGGAGCACAGCCACGGGCCCAGCUUCGAGUCCAUCUCAGCCAGUGGCCUCAAUGCAGCACUUGCCCACUACAGCCCAUCCAAUGUGAGCAGCCAGAAGCUAUCUGUUGAUGAGAUGUACCUUUCUGACACUGGAGGGCAAUACCUGGACGGCACAACAGACAUCACACGGACCAUGCAUUGGGGCGUGCCAACCCCACUCCAGAAGGAAGCCUACACCCGUGUGCUAAUGGGCAACAUUGACCUGUCCCGCCUCAUCUUCCCCGCAGACACAGCAGGGAGAACAGUGGAGUCCUUCGCCCGUCAGGCACUCUGGGAAGUUGGACUCAACUAUGGCCACGGGACUGGCCAUGGCAUUGGAAACUUCCUAUCAGUCCACGAAUGGCCUGUGGGCUUCCAGUCCAACAACAUACCACUUACGAAGGGCAUGUUCACAUCCAUUGAGCCUGGAUACUACCGGGAUGGCGAGUUUGGAAUCCGCAUCGAGAAUGUUGCCCUUGUGGUUGAGGCACAGACUGAGUACCAGACUGGGGAGAAGCCAUUUCUGACCUUCGAGGUGGUGUCCCUAGUACCCUAUGACCGAAACCUCAUUGACAUCAGCCUGCUGUCACAAGAGCAGAUCCAGUACCUGAAUACCUACUACAAGACCAUUCGGGAGCGUGUGGGGCCAGAGCUGCAGAGCCAGCAGCUGGAGGAGGAGUACCACUGGCUGCAGAGGAACACAGAGCCCUUCCGGAGGAGCAGUGCUAGUACUACAGCCACCACCUUGAGCAUGCUGGCCAUCACCUCCCUCGUCUCAACACUGCUCACUGAGCUGCAGGCCUGA